CACAUACAGUAUUUGGGUGGAUAAACCUUCCUUUACUAUUUUGCACCAAAACUGGAUUGGAGUCACAAGGUUUUCAUUGAAAGUCCGCUCAUUAGGCUCCCGGUGCAGUCAAUAUGUUCGUGACACGGGUGAACAGGGAGGGCGACGGGUUUACAUCGCAGCUCGUUUGCACACGUUAACAGCAACAUCCGGAGGCCCUGACUGGGGAAACAGUUAGUUUAUGAGAUGACUCGCAAGCAAAACAAGCGCCACUGUGCUUGUUUUGUACUGUGCUCGUUCACCAUGCAGUGGAAGGAGGGCUGUCAUGUUGUCCUCCAGUGCUGAUGGGGUGUUGCCUCCAAGUGGCCAUAUUUAAAAAAGCAGCGGUGAUGAGGAGGGAGACACUUGUGACCAUGGCGGCCAGCGAGGUGGACGUUUUCGCUAAUGAAGACAAACGAACCUUGGAGCUUGGGGGCCACAUAGGCUUUGACAGUCUUCCAGAUCAGUUGGUCAGCAAAUCAGUCACACAGGGCUUCAGCUUCAACAUUCUCUGCAUAGGGGAGACAGGGAUUGGUAAAUCCACUUUAAUGAACACACUUUUCAAUACAAGGUUCGAAAAUGAAGAAGCCAGCCACUAUGAGAAAGACGUGCUUCUACGACCACAUACGUAUGACCUGCAGGAGAGCAACGUCAACCUCAAGCUGACCAUUGUGCACACUGUCGGCUUUGGGGACCAGAUCAACAAAGAAGAAAGUCAUAAACCCAUUGUAGAGUAUAUUGACAGUCAGUUUGAAACGUACCUUGAAGAGGAGCUAAAAAUAAAACGUUCCCUGUGCAAUUUCCAUGACACGAGGAUCCACAUCUGCCUAUAUUUCAUCGCUCCCAAUGGCCACUCUCUCAAGUCUCUGGAUCUCGUCACUAUGAAGAAGCUCGACAGCAAGGUGAACGUCAUCCCUGUCAUUGCAAAGGCAGACACUGUAUCCAAGAGUGAACUGGACAAGUUAAAGAUCAAGAUCAUGAGCGAGCUGGUCAGCAAUGGCGUGCAGAUAUACCAGUUUCCGACAGAGGAUGAGGCUGUGGCCGAGAUCAACUCUUCCAUGAAUACUCACCUGCCAUUUGCUGUGGUCAGCAGUGUGGAAGAUGUCAAAGUAGGCAAUAAAAUGGUCAAAGCAAGACUGUACCCUUGGGGAUCAGUACAGGUGGAGAAUGAAAGCCAUUGUGAUUUUGUGAAGCUGAGGGAGAUGCUGCUGCGUGUGAACAUGGAGGAUCUUCGUGAGCAAACGCACACACGCCACUAUGAGCUUUACCGCCGCUGCAAGCUGGAGGAGAUGGGCUUCAAGGAUGCAGACCCCAACAGCAAAUCAUUCAGCUUGCAGGAGACAUAUGAAGCGAAGAGGAAGGAGUUCCUUAGAGAACUGCAACAGCAGGAGGAAGGAAUGAGGCAGAUGUUUGUCAACAAAGUAAAGGAGACUGAAGCAGAGCUGAAAGAAAAGGAAAAAGAGCUCCAUGAGAGGUUCGAGCAGCUCAAACGGCUGCACCAGGAAGAAAAGAAGAACCUAGAGGAGAAACGACGGGAACUGGAGGAAGAGAUGAAUGCUUUCAAUAGGAGGAGGGUUGCCACAGAGACACUGAUGGGCCAGCCUCUCCAAGGUGCCUCUCAUCCUCUCAAGAAGGACAAGGACAAGAAGAAUUGAUUUAUGGAACAAUCAUCCAGGGAAACCAUGAAUGUGUCUGCCGUCAGCAUGGGUCAAAGAGCCUGUGGUGCUGUAUGACCCUGAAUAUGAAUGCACCCGCUGUAAUCCACUGUGUACUUACCGAUGAUAACGCUAGCUUUGCUCACUGUAUUGAUGCUGACUCUGUGAGACACAUAAAAACAAAUCAAUGGACUGUUUUCAAUACUUGUAGCUGAUGUUUUUUUAUGUCCUUGCCUUGAAUGUGGGUUCAAAUUUUCUGUCAAAAAAUAAUCAGUGUGCUGAUCACAAUUAACUGAUUUUUGUAAAUUAAUAUCAGUAUAUUUCACAUAUUCAUUUUAUUAUAUCAUUUUAUGGUCUCAUAAUUCACGAGUCGAACAGUAUAUCAUAGUGUUCAUAAUAAAAUUAGGAUUUUGUUUUUUUAUAAUGUACAUUAAAUUAGACACUCCCUCCCUGGUCACACCAUUAGGUACACUUGUACAAUUGAAUGAGAUCUUAUACAAUAUUUAUAUGAAAGUGUCUGCCUUUACAUAGAUAUGAAAAGUAUACACACCCCUGUUUAAAUGCCAAGUUUUAAUGAUAUCAAAAAAUUGGACGAAUAUAAAUAAUUUCAAAGCUUUUUCCACCUUUAAUGUGACCUAUAAUCUGUGCAACACAAUUGGGGGGAAAAAAAGAGAUCGGGGAAGUCAAAUAAACAACUGAGAUAAUGUGGUUGCACCUCUUGUAAUGGGUGUGACUGUGUUGAGCAUUAACCAAUCACAUUCAAACUUUAAUAGGAGUCAGCACACACCUUUUAAAGUGACUAUGAUUAACCCCAAAUAAGUUUCAUCUGUUCUAAUAGACUUUUCUUCACAUGUUUUGCUUUCUAGCAGAAGCCUGAAGGUUUUGUGCUAACACUGAACUGUUCAUAAUUCCCUCCAGCUUGACUAACCCUACAGUUUCAACUGAAGAAAAACAGCUUCAAAGCAUGAUGCUGCCACUGGUGGUGGUAACACUGCAGGUAUGGUGUUGUGUUGGUGCUAAGCAGUCUUGUCUUUGCGCUAAAUUUACCGUUUGGAAUUAUGGCUACAAAGUUCUACCUUGGUUUCAUUGGAUGAUGUCACAUUUUUCCACAUGCGUUUGGGAGAUUUCAAGUGUGUUUUUCUGUAAUUUUUAAACCAAGGUUGAACUACAUUAUUUGGCCGUACUGUAAUUCCAAAAGAUAUGUUUGGCGGCGGCAGGGUGGACGACUGGUUAGCGCGUCUGCCUCACAGUUCUGAGGACAUGGGUUCAAUCCCCGGCCUCGCCUGUGUGUAGUUUGCAUGUUCUCCCUGUGCCCGCGUGGGUUUUCUGCGGGCACUCCGGUUUCCUCCCACAUCCCAAAAACAUGAGUGGUAGGUUAAUUGAUGACUCUAAAUUGCCCAUAGAUGUGAAUGUGAGUGCAGAUGGUUGUUUGUUCGUAUGUGCCCUGCGAUUGGCUAACAACCAGUUCAGGGUGUACCCCGCCUCUCAACAGAAGAUAGCUGGGAUAGGCUCCAACACGCCCGCGACCUUAGUGAGGAGAAGCGGUGAAGAAAAUGGAUGGAUGGAUGGAUGUUUGGUGCAAACACAACACUGCUUACCACCAAAAGAACACAAUGCCUAGAAUGAAGCAAGGUUGUGGCAGCGUCAUGCUUUGGGGCUUUUUUUCUUCAGCUAGAACUGGGGCCUUAGUCUCGAGGUUUUCAAUUUCUUUUCAAUUUAAUUAUACAGGUUAAAGGUAACAAUAAUGGUGAAAUAAGUUUUGAAAUUAUUUCUCUUGGUCUCAUUUUUUAUGUCACCAAAACCUAGCAUUUGAACAGUGGUGUUUGGACUUUUUAUAUCCACUGUAGGUACAAAAAUACUGUCAGAAAUAAUCAUUUAUUAAUCAAACAAUAAAAAAGUUAAUCAAAAUGUUAGAAAUGGCUCUCAGUAUGGUGGAGUUCAGUUAUACACUACUGCAAACCGCAAAAAAAGCAAAUUCCUAAUACUGUCCUUCUCUGACAGUGUCAAUCAAAUGAAAUAUUUCAAAAGGCAGAAUUUAUGCAUUAUUGGAUCUCAUUAGAAUGUGUAAGAGUUCCCAAUGCAGUCUCCAGUAAGUGUGUCUCAUAACAAAGGCUUCUUACUGCACCUAAUAUUUUCAUUACAGAAUGUGACUACAGCAUUUUAGGUUAUUACAGGUGUGCCUCUGAAGAAAAAAAAAAAGCUAAAGUACAUAUUUCGUUUCACUAACAACUAACAAAUAAC